AGGCACACCUGUGUCAUGCUCAACGAAAUCUGUAUUCGAAGCUGUUUUGUGUUCACGGGAUUUGGCCUGAAUGCAAAAAUCACACCAACCUGAAAAAAAUAAAUGUGUUGCCAUGUGUCUCUCUAUCUCAGCUGGGUCUUCUGGCAUCUUCGGUUUUGAAGGCUCCAACACUGGACGAGGUCCUUGUAGUCGUUGCUGUAGGUAGUUGUGUGCGGAAUCAACAUCCUUCUAUAGCUACUCAACCUGCCCAACGACUUUCUCUUGGCCCCGCCUCCGUUCAAGCCUAAAGAUGUACAAACUUCCUGAAGCUCUUUCAACUUAUUACAUGGUGUGGAUGAUUUAAAAAAUCGACCAGUAUCCAAGGGCACACAUACCACAAAGAUACUUAUACAAUUGAACAAUACUGAUUCAAGAGGAAAACAUUCUGUCAGAAGCUGUGAUUUUUUCAAACUUUCCUUGAGUAAAGAAGGGGUCCCAUACCCACAGAAUAGUUCAAUUAGGGGAAAAAACAUAUUUGCUGUGACGAUGUUUCAGGAUCUAUAUUCUGGUUUGGGUAUUUUUCCAGGGGUCCGAGGAAGAGAAUGCUACUGAAGACCCUUCUUUGGGACCUGGGAGCUGAAGUGGGUCCUGUAGUGCAAUCCUUGGAAAUGCUUGAUGCCGACACCAUUUUGACUCAUUAGGAGACAACAACUGCUGAGCUGUAUGCUGCCACCGAUUCAGUUGAGGUGCCAGACCAAGACUUUGCCGAAGAGGAUGAAAUGACAGAGUCCCCUGCAAAAGGUGGCUAGGACGAGUCAGGUUUGCAAAACAUUGGCCAAUGUUCUUCGUUAAAGUGGCUUGCAAUCCUUUGAGCCUCAGCAUGAUUGCGAGGCGCAUCUCUUGGAUCGUGUGCCGAAAGUCCUUCCCCGCAUGAAGGCUUUCGCGUCAAUGGUCAGGUGCGAGGAGCAGCUGCUGAGUAAACACCGAGUUCUGGGCCCAGUGCUUCCAGUGAAUGAGCAACAGCUUUUCGAACAUGAGUUGUCGAUGGCAAAUGCUGAAUUCCAUCUUUCGGCUGCUCGCCAAUCUCGACAUGCCCUGUGGUUCGAUUUCCAGAGCCGUGCGUUGGUGGCCUCGAAGGGUGAGGACGAAACAGAAGAUGGUAAGCCUCUCCGGGAGAUUGACCGUUUGAAUCCAAGCUGCUUCACCAAUUCCGAAAAUGAACGAGUUUGCCAGGUACUUCUGGUCCGUCCAUGCCUUGCAGGGGGCGACAGCGGUCCUUUACGAAUUGGAGCUUUGACUCGGUCAGAUUCAAAGUUUUUGUUGUUCUAUUUCUUUCUGCCAUGUUCUGCCCGGAAUGUAUUCAACAAUAUUCAACAUUGCCUACUCAGGCUGCCACCACGUUACAUGUCAGGCUCCUCACACCCCAAGGGGAAUCGUCGGAUGGCUGGGAGCUGUGCGCAGCUUCUGCCAUCGCACCGGUCUUCCCUUUAGACCCUCACAGUGGUGCCUUGCUGGCCGAGGUAAGGCGUGAACACCUCCGCUUUGAGUACACUGCGAAGGUCUUGAACGAGCACAAGGGCAUGGUGAAGCUCGGCAAGAGCGACGUUGUUGUACGGCCGCUUGGUCAUGAGGGAGCUGCGUGCAGUAGCCCCUGCUCCAGGGACGAUUCUGCAAAGUUUCGCCGGUGGCUGAUCCAGCUGUACAGAGAGUCGGAGCAGCCUGUGAUGGCGACAUGACGUCACAUGAGGUGAUAUGACGUGAUUCUGUCAUACAGCAUCUUUUAGAUACAGAUGAGUCGAUGUUUUCGUUCCGCAUCGUUCCGCAGAUUCACGUUUGUUUGAACGACACUCGAAAGGUUCGAAGAUAUUCAAAGACUCGCCAGCC